GCCUCUGCCGCGGAGGACGACAACAUGGCGGUCUCCUUGCGUCUGGGUCGUAGGGGAGUCUUAUUUGGGCUCAGAUUGUCUAGUUUUAACAAACCUUCUUGGCCCACACAGUCCUGCCAGGACCGAGUCAGGCACUUGUUCCAGUCCCCAUGGAUGCUCGGUGUCAGCCCACUCAAGGUGCAAAUGCCUGCUCUCUCACCAACUAUGGAGGAGGGUAACAUAGUCAAGUGGUUGAAGAAGGAAGGUGAAGCAGUGGCAGCGGGCGAUGCCCUUUGUGAGAUUGAGACCGAUAAGGCUGUGGUUACCAUGGAUUCUAAUGAUGACGGUAUCAUGGCAAAGAUAUUGAUUGAGGAGGGCAGCCGUAACAUACGCCUGGGCACUCUCAUCGCUGUCAUGGUUGAGGAAGGUCAGGACUGGAAGCAGGUGGAGAUCCCCGCUGCAGAUGCUACACCUCCUUCUGGAGUUCCAGCGGCUACAGUUGCAGCCACUCCCUUAGUGACCCCCGCUGCUCCAUCUCCUCAGUCAAAACCUGUCACAUCAGGGCCGUUACGUCUGAGUCCAGCAGCAAGACACAUUCUGGACACCCAUGGCAUUGACCCCAAAACAGCGACACCCACAGGACCAAGAGGACUCAUCACUAAGGAAGAUGCAUUGAAUCUUUUAAAGAUGUCACCUGCUCGAAAAGCAACACCAUCUGUGGUCGCAUCAGCUGCCCCGAGUCCUGUCACCACCCCAACAGCUCCCACUCCAACCCCAGGCAGCAGACCCAACAUACCUCCUCUGUCUGUACCAGGGAAACCAGGAGCACCGGGAACUUUCACGGAGAUGCCAGCUUCAAAUGUCCGCCGUGUGAUUGCUCAAAGACUGACCCAAUCAAAGACCACCAUACCACAUGCUUAUGCCUCCGUUGACUGUGAUGUUGCUGCUGUCAUGCAGCUGCGCAAAGAUCUGGCCAAAGAACAGAUCAAAGUGUCUGUGAAUGAUUUCAUCAUCAAGGCAGCUGCUGUUACACUUAAAGAAAUACCAGAAGUGAAUGUGACUUGGUCUGGUGAUGGACCCCAUGCGCUCGAUUCAGUCCAUAUUUCAAUUGCCGUGGCAACUGACAAAGGCCUCAUCACUCCAAUCAUUAAAGAUGCUGCAAACAAAGGCGUGCACGAGAUCUCGGCUAAUGCUAAGGUACUGGCCCAGAAAGCUCGAGAUGGGAAACUUCUACCUGAGGAGUACCAGGGAGGCUCAUUCACAAUAUCUAACUUAGGGAUGUUUGGAAUCAGUGGCUUCAGUGCGGUGAUCAACCCUCCUCAGGCGUGCAUCCUGGCUGUCGGGACCUCCCGGGCCGAGCUGAAGCUGGGAGAGGACGAGCAGACCCUGCGCACGCAGCAGCUGAUGACAGUAACGUUGUCCAGUGACGGACGGCUGGUGGAUGAUGAACUCGCCUCUCGAUUUCUUGAUAAAUUCCGUGCCAACUUAGAAAAACCACAGCGCAUGGCCCUCGCCUGAAGAACUAAAAAAGCUUUACGGAAGUAUCUUAAAAAAAUGGAAAAAGAAAAACACCUACAUGACAAAGCGUGGCCCGUGUUUUUGUUUUUUUUUACAAGCAAGCAACUCUUAGUUGGUUAGUAUGAAUUCCCUUCUGUGAGGCUUACAGGGUAGCGUUGUACAUAAUGUAAACUUGUGUUUGAGGAUUCUAUGAAGUUGAAUUCAACUUCAGCGAGAGAAUUGGAGGACGCUGACAGAAGUUGUACAGCAAAGUGUGUCCACGAUCCUGUAAAAUGAGUAGUUUGUCGCAAUAGUGUUGCAUUUAAAAUGCAUAGUCCUUUUUAAGUCCCAUUCUAUCAUUUCGCAGUCAUUACUGGUGAAUGUGUACUUGAAAAGAAAGUUACCCAACAAGAGUGGCAAAGCCGUCUGAGCACUAUUGUUCAAUCCAUAUGAACCAACACCUGUUGUUUCUGAAUGAAGUUGUUCAUGUUCAUUGUUUAAUUUAUUUGAAACAGAAUUCAGCAGAAACAAGUCCAUAUGUAAGCAAAACAAAUGCAUUUGUUGGUGUUUUCAGAUGCCAAUAAAACGCAUGUUAACCCCUCA